AUGGACAAGGACACACCUACUUCAAGUAUGUCGACUCCAAAUGACGCGUUGACACCUCCGCAAAUGACCUCAGCUGAGACACCUCUGUCGGUGUCAACCACGAUUGCUCUUAUGCCUAUCCCCAAGAAAUCCCAACAGAUUAAAACGGCCAAACCAAGACCCCAUAUAUGUACAGUUUGCACAAGAGCAUUUGCCCGGUUGGAGCAUUUGAAAAGACAUGAACGAUCACAUACCAAUGAGAAGCCGUACCAGUGUGCAGCCUGUGGUAGGUGCUUUGCCAGACGAGACUUGGUGCUCAGACAUCAGCAGAAACUCCAUGCCAGCUUGCCGUUACACAGAGGUAAAGAUGCAGAAAAUGAACAUAUUAUAAUAUUGAAUAACAACACCAGCGCAAAUGCUCCAUUGCCCAUAAGAAACGAUUUCCACCAGCAGAUGGACCUGUUACCAAAUCUUCAUCACCAUCACCUGCACCUGCACCAGUUGUAUUCCCCACCGAAGUCAGAUCAUCUAAAUGCCAAUAUUGGUAGUAAUAAUCCAGAGCUUUCGAAUGCGGCAACAAACUCUAUUCCAUCUCCGCUCCCUACCAGCUCUUCUCAUAAUACUCCUCCAGUCGCUGACUCCCCAAGAAAGAUGCAACUCCAGAAGCAACAACAGCAAAAUCAACAGCACCUUGUUAUGAAUUCCUACCCCAUGCACUUACCUUCUUCUCAACAAGCGCCCAAUGCUGGCACUCCUUUGCUGAAUAAUAAUGAUAAUAGUAACAACAGUUCUGUUGGAGACUUUGUUCCAGCCUUGCCACUUCAUUACCACCAACAUUUGAAUAGACAGUUCCGCCAUAAUUCGUACUCUGCGCUGUCUGGUAGCUCCUACACUAAUAUGAAAGAAGCACUUAAUAUCCAGCAGAAUUCCAUACCUAUCCCUGAAAUCCAAGGACAAGUUGAAUUUGCUACUCCACAGUUUACAGCUACGGAAUUAACUGCGAAGGCAUUACCUUCGAUGUUGGAUUUGGCCAAUUUCGGGAACGUAGACUGGAACAAUAUUGAUGCUCUUGAUUUAAACGUACCAUUCAAGAUGAAUAGCUUUGUGAAUUUGGCGAAUUCCGUAUCUACACCUUUGGAAUUGCCUACCACUACGGCAACUGCUACAGAUGCGGCAAAGCCAACAAUUUUGAUGCAGAAACCGAACAAUGCCAACGGAGAAAGUUCAAAUCCAUAUUUUGUUCACCUGUUCCUGAAUCCUAAUCACCCUCAUCACAUGAAGGGAACUACGCCGCUUGAUUUGAAUAUGCAACCUCCUAAUGACAUCUCGGUAAUGAAUCAAGUAUUAGAAAAUCAAGCUCUCCCAAAGACGUUUUUUUCAGCGAACCCUCAAGCAAGGAAGAGAGCAAACUUUUCUAUUGUGGAAGAAGACGAUCAACCUCAAUCUAGAUCACAAUCUCAACCUCAUAUUCUCUCACAUAUGCAACAGGAGCAGCAGCAACUACAUGACUCGAGGUCUUCUGCUUCGAGCGUAGGUUCAGGCUCAAUCGGUACUACUGCGAAAAGAUUCAAAUCAGACUCCACUGCAACCACUAGCAUUGAGAAUAGGUUCAAUAAGAAUAACAUAACACACAUGAACAAUGAGGUAUCCGAAGAUUGGCUCAAUGAUAUAAUUAAUACUCCCUAUGAAUCUAUCUUUCCAACUGCCACUCAUCAUAUCGGAUUUACGCAAUCUCCAAAUGAUUCACAUUCUCCUAAUUCUGUUGAUGAAAUUCCUGGUCUCUUCAGAAAAAGACAAAUAGAUUUGUUUAAUCAAAGACAACCUCAUCAAAUUCAGUCAACUCCUGGCCAAGUUCAUUUAAUGAGAAAUACUACAGUACCGACAGCAAACUCAACUUCGGAUAUCUUUCUUUCAACAACUUCCAAUAUUCCUGGUGCCGGAUCAAGCUUCAUUAACGAAGAAUUGAGAAGUAAAAUAUUAUUUGUAGCAAGCUUAUCAAAUUUGCAAUUUCCUCCUUUGGAAGACCUUAACAUGUAUAUGAAGAUCUAUGAGGAGGAAUUUAAUAAGUACUUCCCAUUCAUUCAUAUUCCAAGUUUGAAGAAAUCAAUUACACGCAGCGGAGUUGAUGAAUCAGAAUCUUCCCUCGAUAACAUACCACUCAUAUUGAGUAUGGCAUCGAUCGGAGCUUUGUACUCUUUCCAUGACUCCAACGCUUUGUCGUUGUUUAAUUUAUCUAAACUACUUAUUCAUAAAUUUUUCGAAAGAGAGACGAGAAUCAAAAACAAUAGCGAAGUUGGAGGAGAAAGAAGCUUCAAAGAUUUACCAAUUGCUGCAUUCCAAUGUUUAGUAUUGCAGAUAUUUAUUUCAUUAUUUCUCAAUGAAGGGAAUACUGUUGAAGUUUCAGGUAUUCAAAUUAGGUCUAUGAGUGGUUUGAUUGGCUCAAAUGGAUUUAACAGGGCACUAGAAGAAGUUCUGGACGCACCACAGGAAGUUAGUUCGUUAUUCGGAAAUACUCCAAAUUCAAAGAACUUGAAUCAGGAUGACACUGGCAAAAAUAGCUCCACUUUUGACUAUUUUAUCUUAGCUCAAUCUAGAAUUAGAACUUUACACACCUUUUACAUGCUUGAAGUUUUUAGAGCAGUGAUUAUUGGACAAGGUCCAAUUCCAAUUACAGGAGAAAUGCUUACCAAUGGUACGUUCUGCAACGAUAAUACCCUUUGGAAAAUACAAGAUGAAGAGGAAUGGAAUGCAAGAGGAGCUCUAGCAGCUUUUGAAUCAAAAUCUAUUGUUUCUCUUUCUAAUUCUACAUCUAUGGAUGAGGUUUUAAAAGGAUUACACAACCAUUACUCCGAAGAUACCCUUUCGAUGCGUACUGCUUUAACUGUGAUAAUGUAUAUUCAUGAAAAGAUCCAUAAUGAGUACAACAAAGUUGGAAAUGGCAAUACUAGUCAGGAUCAUUUGACAUGGAGAAUUAACAAUAGACCAAAUUUAAACUCAUUGAUAAAGUCUUGGGAAUCACUCUAUAUCAAAUCUGGUGGUAUUUUGGUUGUGAAUUCUCUUAAUCAACACAUCUUGAGCAAAAAGGAUGAAAUAAAACUUAUUUUACCUAUUUAUUACUUAUCUAAAAUUCGUCUCUGCACUAAUCUUUCUCCAUUGAUGCAAACAGUAUGGCGCAAAGAUUGGGUUGAGAUGAACUCAAUAAUUGAUAAGUGUUUUAUAGACUUGAGUACUUGCGACUUUGAGGCUUUGAAGGAAGCAACUACUUAUUCCGUUGAAAUUAUUAGUCUUUGGACGCACAAUAUCUCAAUUGCAAAUGAUCCAAGCAAAACUUCGAUUAGAACUCCUGUUUUCUUUGUUAGUUGUCUUUUUGCAGGAAUUUUGAUUAUCUCCUCUUAUCUCGAGAAGAUUUCGAAAAGAGAAUGCUACCAUUACUUGACCACGAAUGAGAGGGUUUUAUGGCUAAAAUGUGAAUCUACUAUGAAAGAAGCUGAGAGAAUUAUGUCCAAUAAUGGAAAUCUUCCAAAAAUUAUUGAAAGUGAAGAAGCCAAGAAGAUCAUGGAAACCCCUUCAUCUGACGAUAAUAGCGACGCUAAGAUGAAGAUUAUCACUGAAGUUUUGCAGAAGGCACAUCUUUGUGCAAGUACAUUAACAUUAGGAAUCAGGAUGCUUUCUGAUGCACCUAUUUGGCCAAUAGCAAUGGGAUUAGCAGAAGCAUUGAAGAAACGUAGGGAUCAUAUAUCAAAAUAA